UGCAACAAACUCUGUAAUCACUUCUCCACUUCCAGUCCGAUUGGCCAUCUGAUCCUGAUUGAAACUUUAAUUUUGAAGGGCUGUCUUCGUUCGAUAAAGAGUCCAGGCACGGGAACUCUUUUAUUUGGAUUUCUAAAGGAGGUAUUGUUUGUUGGUGAUGGCGUAAGGUGAUAUCAAGCUGGACAUCAUUGAUGAGGAACAAGCAUGGAUGAGGAUCAGGAGAACCAGGAGAAUGAGCUGCUAGCACUCAGCAGCAUCUUUGAAGAUGAGGAAACUUUUAUGGCUCAUGAGGACCAGUCUGGUGGGAGCUUCUACGCUGAUGUAGAGCUUCCGUCUAACUUUGAAAUUAAACUUGGUGGACAAAUGUUACAGCAAGCAAGAACAUUAGGAGUAUUGAUCCGAGGUGAAGAUGAUGAUGAGAACCCGGCAAGAUUCAUGCCAGUUAAUUGGCUUCCACCGAUAGAACUCAACUUCAAGUAUCCCAGGGACUAUCCUUCCAAGACUGCUCCUACCUUUACACUCUCUUGCAAGUGGCUCUCUGUAAAGCAGCUGAAUAGAUUAUGUGAAAAGCUUGAUGAAAUAUGGACAGAAAAUGAAGGUGAAGUUGUGGUCUUCUCUUGGGCUGAGUUCCUCAAGAGUGAGACUUUCCCCUUCCUCAAACUGAGCUCACCAUUAACCUUGGAUACUUCCGAUCUUCCCCGUACCCUAAGGAUGAGGUCCACCCAACCAGGACCUGGAGGAGACGAUGGCGGGAACCAUCAAGGGGCUACAGGAGGCAUUGCAAGGUCGGAUGCGGGCGUGGCUCAUGACAGAGCGGUGCAGGACAUCGCAGCGUUGCCAAACCUCAUCCCAACGAUCGUGCAGUACGACCAUGAGCGGAGAGAGCAUGCAUUCAACACGUCUCCCAAUUCCUGUGAAGUGUGCUAUGAGGAGAAGUUUGGGACGGACUGUGUCAAGUUUAGCCCCUGUGGACAUGUUUACUGCAAGGGGUGUAUGAAAGAACAUUUUAGGACAAAGAUCAAGGAUGGUGAUGUGAAAGGACUAGCAUGUCCAGAGACAAAUUGUGAGACAAUGGCUCAGCCAGGACAGGUGAGGGAGCUUGUUGAGCCUGAAUUGUAUGAGAAAUAUGACAAGGCCUUGCUAGAUCUUUCAUUGAGUGAGAUGGGAGAUAUAGUCUACUGCCCUCGUGUGAUUUGCCAGACCCCUGUUGUGAGGGAAGGGAAUAUGGGACAAUGUGCUGCUUGUGGACUAGCUUUCUGUAUCCUCUGCAAAAAUACGUACCAUGGUUUAGCACCGUGCAAGGUUACAAGUGAGCGAUAUAAGGAGAUCAUGGAUGACUACGACAACGCCACUGAUGACGAGAGAGCUCUGAUGGAACAGCGCUAUGGCAAGCACACCCUACGACAGGUCAUUGAGAACUGCAAUAGUGAGGCAUGGAUCAAUAAACACAGCAAGAAAUGUCCCAAUUGCGAGCGACCUAUACAGAAAUCUGAUGGUUGUAACAAAAUGACCUGCAGGAAAUGUCGUUGUUACUUCUGCUGGCUGUGCCAUGCGAUUUUACCAAGAUCGGACCCUUACAGCCAUUAUAGGAACACGGGAAGCUGUGCCAAUCGUCUAUUUGAAGGCAUGGAAGGAGAGGAAGAUGAAGAGGGUGAUGAUGUUCCAGUGGAUGUUGUGAACCUUGAAAAUUGGUGGGAAUUUGUUUGAUACAUUGAAUCAUAUGCUACAGUCCCACUGGAGUAACACUCCAGACUGUCAUGAGCUUUAAGUUCUAACAACGACACACCAUCGAUCGCAUUGGGAGUAAUUUACUUGAUGGGACUGUUGCGUAAGUCAAUUGAGCCAGCCAUUGAGAAGAAACUAGGGACAAAUGCGAUGGCUACAUAUACUUCAUCAGAAGCCUAUUUCAUCCCAUUUCAUUUUCCAAAUAAUGCAUCUACAAGCCAAAGAAGUUGUGUGAGAUGGACAAUGUGAGGGUUGAGCAAUGUUCUCUGUUUUUAUCAUGAUUGCAAUCUUGUGUUUUUAUAACAGUAUUUAUGUGUAUAUGUGAUAUAUAAUGCGCUUUUAUGAUGAAAGUGAGAGAUUGAGUAUCCCAUGUAAGCAAUAUGACAUAUAGAAGAGGUCAAAGUUCAAGGUUGUCUGGCAGAUUGACUGACGGAUCACUCACACCAACUUUUUGUGCAAAGAAAUUUUUAUAUAUUAAGGUAAGGUAUUUUGUAUGUGACAGUAAGUACUUAAUCUUAAGAGAAAGAUUUAGAAUGUGUAUGAUCUCAUGUUAUAUUGG